UUACCACAUACGUCCCCAUCAUCGUCGGUGAGCACAGACGAGGAACCGCCAAUGAUGUUCGAUUCAAGAUUUGCAUUCCCUCAGUUGGCAGCACUAUUCCAACACAGUAUUGGACCCCCUGGACUAUUUGGAGCCGGGCUACCUUUCAUACCGUGGAUGAUGCCGACGUCUACCGCUGCUCCAUCCGUAUCCAGCACUGCCUCACCCAAGAUGAAAUCUGCACAAAAUCCUGGUCAGGUCAAAUUUGGACGUCCCGAAUGCCCCCCGAAAAGUGCACUAGGAGAAGCGAGCUCUCCAGAUUCCGAUAUAGAAGAGCAAGUAGAAGACUGUGGUGAUGCGCAAGGCAGUGAUGACGAAACAUCUUCGGAUCCAAGCAAUGUAAACCGGAAAAAGAAGACUCGAACGGUGUUUAGUCGGCAUCAGGUAUCUCAAUUGGAAAUGAUGUUCGAUAUGAAACGUUAUCUCAGCAGUCAAGAAAGAGCUCAUCUGGCUCAAAAACUUCAUUUAACCGAAACACAGUGUAUCUCUCUGCCAUUCGAGCUGGCUCCACCGAAUGAAAAAAUUGGUCUGAUUCUGGAACUGAAGUUCCAGAAUCAGACCAAGAAAGGCGCUUAUAAGACAAAACGAUUUGAAAAACGCUGCAAAAUGAAAAUACUACGUUCUGUACUACCCAUUUUCUUUCAGGUCAAAAUUUGGUUUCAAAACCGACGCAACAAGUUCAAAAGGCAGGCCGUAACCGAUGACCCAACUGCAGCUCUUCAAAUGCAUCGAGCAGGUCUAUUCGGGCAUUCACUGUCCACAUCUGAUAGGCUUCCCACGAUGUCGUCAAGCCUGUUAUCAAAUCCAGCUGGUUCAUCAUUAUCACUUCGCCCUUUGUCGAUGCCUGCAGUCAAUCCAGCAACAGCAGCUCGUUUCCUUUUCGGAACAUAUGGAGCCAUAGCAGCUGCUCAUGCGCAGCAGAUCAUCUGA